ACCCACGAGAGAAAGAAACGCACACAGUCUUUUACUGUUCCGCCGAGUGGUUUUUGAUUUGCAUAUCCACUUCCACUCCUCCCUCAUUUGCAUAAAGCAAGAAUGGCGAGCGGGCAUCCCACAGACAAAUUCAGUUUCAUGUAUCAACCAGACACGCACAAGAGUAAAAGCAGGUUAUCUUCAGCCAUGAAUCCAGUCUACAGUCCUGUUCAGCCUGGCACUCCUUAUGGAAACCCCAAGAAUAUGGCCUUCACAGCCUAUCCAGGAGGGUAUCCAGCCACAGCUCCCACCUACACUCCGAACCUCUAUCAAACAGGCAGUCCUGGGUAUCCACCAGGAUACACCCCGGCGGGAACCCCAUACAAAGUGCCCCCCACUCAGUCAAACGGAGCACCCCCUCCCUACACCCCCACUCCCACCCCAUACCCCACAGCCAUGUACCCCAUCCGCAGUGCCUACCCUCAGCAGAACAUUUACGCACAGGGAGCAUACUACACCCAACCAGUAUAUGCGGCCCAGCCACACGUGAUCCAUCACACCACUGUGGUGCAGCCCAACAGCAUCCCCUCCACAGCCCUCUAUCCUGCCCCAGUCCCUGUUCCUGCCCCUCGCAACAACGGUAUGCCUACCAUGGGGAUGGUAGCCGGGACAACCAUGGCCAUGAGUGCAGGGACUCUGUUGACAACACCCCAGCACCCACCAAUCGGCGCACACCCAGUUACUGUGCCAACCUACAGGCCCCAAGGGACCCCUGGUUACAGCUACGUACCGCCUCACUGGUAGAGCCCACCCGUCAUAUCUGGAGUCCACCAUCGUAUGCAACUGCUCAAAUGUUACACGAGCUCCCAGCGGUAACCACGAGAACUCGGCACCUGUCUGCAAGAACAAAACUAAAGUGCAACAGCCACUUUACUAUUAUUAUUGUUAUGCGACAUUCUCUAAUGUUUUUACCAAGGCUGCUUUUGUUUUUAUUAUUCUCUCUUUUGUUUAUUUGCCAAUCAGUCAUUACGGUCUUAUUUCCUCUCGAUUGUUUAGUUUGAAUUCCUCUUAUUUUUUUUCCUUUUGUUUUUUUAUUUUUAUUUUUUAUUAUUUUGCCGUGUCUUUCAUUGGAACUCCAGAACGGACUCUCGACCAAUCGCAGGUGUCGGUUGGUCGCUCCUGUUUUUGUGUUGUCCUGGUGUGUGUGCUCCCCGCCUGCUGCUGCCGCCGCUGCUGCUCAGUUUGCUGGAAAAUAUUGGGCAUCAUCAUCAUCAUCAAAGACUAUUGAUUAAUGCUGCCAAAUUUUCUAACAGCUCGAUAUCAGCACAGGGUUUUAACAUCAUCAGAUCAUUUGUUUUCCUGCUUUUAAGGGGGUAAUAAUAUUUUUAAAUGUCCUUUAUACUACCAACCUCAAUUGCUUCACCUUCUAUUUUUUCCUGCCUUCCUCGUCAUCCCUAUUUUUUGCCUGAUUAUGUUUGAUUCUCAGUCCAAUCUCACUUGUCUUCCAACGCGUAGUAGCUGUGUGUCCGUCAUCCCCUCUGCCACAUUAGUUGGUGCUGUGAGCACUUACAGAUCUCGACCCGUCGUGUUUUCUCAUUAACGCUGUACCUAGUACACACUAACGAAAAGAUUCGUCGACUUCAUGCUACACUCUAUGCAGGCUGGUAUGUUGGGACACUAUUGGAAUCUUAACCUAGCUAGUUUGGGUCACAACAGUGACUCUUUUGUCUGCGGGUUUUUUGCAUUUAAACUAAUUUAGGGGUUUUUGGGGAUUACACUUAGACACACUCACACUUAGUGGCACUUACUGGACAGUACCUCCAGUUGUAAAACACAAAAAGAAACAUAGCUAUCUGGCAGCUACUGCCAGCACAGAAUGAG